AUGCCGCAAAAGGAUGUCCUUGCAUGGACAUCCAUGCUCUUGGCAUAUGCCCGGAGUGGGCAUAUUCUCAAUGCCCAAAAAACAUUUGAUGAGAUGCCGCAACACAGCCUUCUCUCGUGGAAUGCAAUCUUGUCAGUCCACGCACACAGCUGGGAUCUAAAAACUGCCGAGAGGACUAUCUCUGGGAUGCCCGAGUAUGAUCUCGUGUCGUGGAAUUCCAUUCUUGCGGCAUAUGCCCGGAACGGGCAUGUAGAGGGAGCGAAACGUGUUUUCGAUUCUAUGGAGGCUCGUGACCUUGUGUCAUGGACGACAAUCUUGGUUGCCUUGUCGCAGGGCGGAGAUUUGCACGGAGCAAAGCUUUUGUUUUAUGCAAUGCCGCAGCACGAUCUCGUCGCCUGGACCGCGAUGCUUGGCGCGUACGCACUGAACGAGGAUGUCGAUUCAGCACAGAGGAUUUUCCGCGAGAUGCCUGAGAUAGAUCUCGUUUCUUGCAACACCGUGAUGCGAUGCUGCCGUGAUGCUAGACAAUCAAAGCUUAUAUUUGACUCCAUGCCGCAGAGAGCUCUCUCGUCGUGGACAACAAUGCUCGCUGUUCUUGCCAAGAACAGCCCCGGGGAGGAAACCAAGAGCUUUUUCUAUCAAAUGCCGGAGCUUGAUCUUACUUCCUGUACGAUAAUGCUGCUCUCACAACCCUCAGACUUGGAGCUUGUGAAGGCCACCUUUGAUCAAAUGCCGCAGCGAGACCUGUGCUCUUGGAACUCUAUUCUUUCGGCGUAUGCUCAAUCAGGGCAUUGUGACUUUGCUUUAAGACUCUUUAACGAGAUGCCCGAAAUGGAUAUGGUUUCGUGGAACACAAUGUUAAAUGCGUUUGUUCUAACUAGCAAACUACGUGAAGCUGCUUUACUCUUUCAUAGCAUGCUAGAACGCAACGUUGUGACCUGGGAUGCUUUGAUAUCUGCAUUUUCCCGAGAAGGCCAUAUUGUAUACGCAAGGAAACUUUUUGAUACAGCCCCUGACAGAGACCAAAUCUUGUGGAGCUCCAUGAUAGCUUCAUAUGCACAAGUAAGCACCACUGCCAGCAAGGCCUUUCAUCUCUUCAACGAAAUGCAGGCCGUCGAUUCCCCAAACACAUCGUGCUUCGCAUCCAUCUUGGCCGCAAACAGCCACAAAGGCAGCUUUCAAGCGGGAAAGAGCUUCUUCGCUUCCAUGGUUGUGGAUCACGCCAUUGAGCCCACAAGGCAGCACUACAGUUGCAUGGUAGAUCUCUUGAGCCGAGCCGGCCACCUUCACGACGCCAAAGAUCUAAUCUUAAGCAUGCCGUUCGUUCCCAGUGCUCUCGAGUGGACGUGCCUUCUUGGAGCAUGCAAGAGCCACGAGGAUUAUAACAAUCUUAGACUGGGAGACGAUGUAGUGAGAUCUGUAAUGGACGUAACCGACGCAAGCCCCAAGACACCCUAUGCUUUACUAGCAAACGUCUACACAAGCUCCCAAACAAAAAAUCCACGCUAUAUGUGA